CAUGGGGUCACAUUUCUGUGUUACACAGGAAGCAGCGCGGAUGUGAUUUGAUGCCGCACAGGCUCCUCUUCCGGUCUCUUUUCCCUUAGCCACCGGACGAAAAUGACGAAGGGAACUUCAUCUUUCGGUAAGCGCCGGAACAAGACGCACACCCUGUGCCGUCGUUGUGGGUCCAAGGCCUACCAUCUGCAGAAGUCCUCCUGUGGCAAGUGUGGCUACCCCGAGAAGCGCAAGAGAAAGUACAACUGGAGCGCUAAGGCCAAGAGGAGGAACACCACUGGAACUGGCCGUCUGAGACACCUGAAGGUCGUCUACCGCAGAUUCAGGAAUGGUUUCAGGGAAGGCACCACCCCCAAACCCAGACGUGCUGCAGUGGCCGCCUCCAGCUCAUCUUAAAAGACACAUUUUUGGUUAAAUAAAUGUGAUGUUAAACAUAAGUUUCAGCCUUGUCUCUUGAUCUUUGAGCCUUAUUGUCUCACCAGUGAUGGCUAAAGUCAGGUCAAGAUUGAUGUCAACAGAUUGAAUACACACACGGUGUUAAGACUUUGUCACUUGGUAAUUUUGUGCAAAUCUUUAGUAAAGUUUAAUUUUUGUCCAAACCAAACACAAACCUGAAAUAAAUGUUUUCAAAUCAA